CGAGAGAGCGAGAGAGAGCGAGAGAGAGCGAGAGAGAUAGAACCAUUUCCUUAUAUCACCCACUCCGCGUUGACUCUCGUGCAGUGCAACUUUAACUACCAUGAAUCCCUACUCUGUAUUUCUCUCGGCUCUUUGUGUGUUUAGUUUUUGGUUCACAGGCCUGCAAGGGUACACAAACAAUUCCUUAUUUGUACUGAAGGGAAAUGAUUUAGUAAUGAAAAUUGAAACACCGAAAUCAAAAGUUGAAAUAUUCCAUUGGAAACGCACAAUAAGAUCAGAAGAACUCUUCAUAAUAACAUAUAUUCCUGAUAAAUAUCAAAAAAAUCUAUUUGGAGAAAGGGCAGAGUUUUCAACAGCAAAUUAUUCUUUGCGAAUAAAAAACCUAACAUUGAAUGAAAGUGGACUUUACCAAGCAUCAGAUGCUUCUAAGGUCAUUGUAAUUAUCGCCGACUACCACGUCACAGUUCAAGAGCAGGUAUCACCAGUGGUCCUGAAUGUGUCGCCUGGGUCUAACAGUUCUGAAUCCUGUAAAGUGACCGUGACCUGUAGCACUCGGAGCUCCUCCAUAAACUCCACCUUCACGUGCACCCCUCGGACCUGCUCUGAGGAUGGAGGAGACCCAGCAGAGGUUGUGACCUCCGAUGCCCGGCUCAACCUCUACCUGUCAAAUGGUUUGAUCGCCAUCUGUAACCAUAGCAACAAAGUGAGCUGGUCAAACGCCACGAUGGAGAUAAAACCUCCGUGUUUUGAAGAUGAUGAUAUUCCUCACACCAACCCACGCCAAGAACAUCUAUUAAUCAUCAUUCGAUUCUUUCUGGUCAUUCUUAUUCUGGUUGGCAUUCUGGGUGCUAUUUACAAACAGAGGAAAAAGAAUAAACGGAAUAUCAAUUCUCCUGGUAGCGAUGACCGGAGUCCAAACGGUGACCAGUCUCCCACCGUCUACAGUAUGUUAGGACCCCCUUCUAUCCCUUUAGAACCCAUUCCCCCUCAAACAGCCGCUCCCGAAGGUAUUUAUGCCCAGGUUGAGAAGCACGGACGUGCUUAGAAGGCUGCUGGUUCAAUCCCUGGCUAAUAUAGGCCCGUUCCGACUGAGGGACUCUUCCCUCCAGUGAGCCGCUAUGGGUGUGGCUUAGGGGACAGGAUGCGCCCAACUUCACAGUUUAGCGGCUCAGUUAGCGACUCAGGUAUUACCUAACUAGUUGACGCUGAUUGGAUACGGUUGAGACGGGAUAUGACGUGAGUUCGACGUAUGAUUAAGGCGGGAUAUGCGUCUGCCUUUUUUGAGCGUCUCGUCACUGACGCCACGGUCAAAACUUUUGCUAAAUAAUCGCGUAAGGGCUGGAUUUGACUCGCUGUAAGGCCUCGUUCACCCUACCUCCGUCCGUUCGACGGAUCUCAUUGGCUUUGCAUGGGGUGCUCGCGAAAUGCAUUGUGGGUCCGUCCGUCCAUUCGGCUCCGUGGCCUGCGUCAAAAAGUUGAGAAAUGUUCAACUUUUCAGGCAGCGGCGGACCUGUCGGCCAAUUAGAUCGCAGCUAUGCAAAUACAAUCCCCGCGUUUCCUGGAUCCAUUUUGCAAUAACAAGCAGGAAGAAGCAGUAAAAAUCUGGCCAUUAUAUAUGUUUAAAGAAAUGUGGUAUGAUAGGAUUGUUUCUAGUCACCUGUUGUUUAUGUCAUCUUUUGUAUUAAUAUCCACACAUCAGCUUUGUAGCAGGAAGCGAUUUGAUUGGCUGCAGUAUGCGUCUACAAAGGCUAGAGCUGUGUUCCAAUAUCCAUACUAUCCGUACUUACUAGCCUUAGUUUGAGUACGUAGGGCGUUCCGAUUCAGAUCGGGCGAAAUAAGUGUACUGAAAGGACCCGGAUGGUGUACUCAAAACGGUCAAAUCGCGAAGUGUGAAGCGAUGUACACUUUUCGUACUCAACGGCAGCCAUCUUAGCUACGUAGCGGAAGAGGGCGGAGCCAAAGUCAGCGCAUUUUCCACAUAGCCUGCAUUAAUACAGUCAUUUUGUAGUUUUUAUAGCUUUUUAUAGCUGCUAGGCGUAAAGAGUUCACCGUUCAAAGCGGGAUGUUUAUUGCGGGGGAGGAGCCGCGGCGGCAGUCGUGAUCGUAAUUUCCAGCCGCUACAACGAUCGCUAUGGGAACGGACGGCGAGGGGAACUCAGUGAGUGGGCGUAGCCAAACAGUGAGCCGCUUUCCAAGAAGUCCCUCAGUCGGAACGCGCCUUAUGUGCCAUGUGUCCUUUGGCUGGAGCAUUCCAGCUUCUGCUUUUGAUGUUAUUUGUACUGUAUUUUGUUUGGAUUGUUACUCUCAACUAUGCCUUUUGAUACUUCUUGUUUUGAGCAAACAGUUAACGGUUAAUGGUUAACAAAUUAUAAUUUUUAAAAGAAUUAGACAGAAUUAUCUAUUUAUCUAAAGAAUCAAAAUGGUGUAAUGCAUUUAAAAGUGCUUUUGUCAUCACUGGUCAUGCAUUUUGUGCGCUUAUGGACUUCAACAUGGACUUAUGUUUUUUUACAUUCCUGGCACAUUCACCGUUAGCGGCUUAGCAAAAAAGUAUGGGGGGGGGGGGGGGGAAUCAUUGGUUGAAGCAUGUUUAAGUACUUUUUUUUCAAAAUGUAUUUUAAUUAUAAUACAAUUUACGAUGAAAUUGUUUUUACAAAUGUAUUGUUUAUUUUCAAAAUAUUUUGUAUAUAUAUAUACAUGUAUUUUUUUAUGGAUGCAUUUAUUUUUAUUUAUUUUUACUUUUUACCUCUUCAGAAACUGUGUUUGUUAUGAUUUAGAAAAUGUCCUGGAUAAUAGCGAUCUACUGUAUUCUGCUGAGAUGGUCCACAUCCUAAAGAUGCUGAAUUCUGUCCAUCAUUGUGCUCUACAUUUCAUUACUGGUUGUAAAUACUGCACAUCGCUGCACUCCGUAUUCUAGAGCUAAGUGGCCUUCCUUUAAUGUACGCAGGCAUCCCCGCUGGUCGGGUUUAAUUUAUAGAAUCCUCCUCGGACUGGUUCCUCAUUGACUGAAAUAAAAUAAAGCGUUGCUGUGUUCGUGCUUUUUAAACCGCAGCUCCCCUGUUCAGUUGUAUUUGUUUACAGGCCACUCUCGGCCUCUCCAAUAGGAUGGCAACGGCGAUGUGAGGUCCAAAGUCCUAAUGUGGUUUCUAUGUAUUUAUGUUAAUAGUCCUUGUAUAGUGUGUGUGCGAUGGAUGGUCACCACGUUCACUAAAUGUCAGCAUUCAACACCUGCUCGGCUUAUAAUAUCUUGUCAACUCUUAAAUAAAAAGCUUUUACAGUAUCUGUAUCCUGGUUGUCAGAGGAGAGGAGUGAGCUAAGGGGGCCUGGAGAGAGCUAACUCUCAGGCUAAGACAUCCCAGGCCAGCGGGUCGAGCGUUCACACAGAACACAGACCUCUAUACUGGAAGCAGACUGGGGGAGGUCCACUCAGUGCCUGGAGGGAGGGGAUAACCGGGAGAUGUGUGCCCCAGUUGGGUCUACAAUAGAAUGGUUGUAUGGAGUUAGUAUCCUAUUGGGCGUAUCCCUCCUCCAUAUGGCGCUCGGUAUCCCUCCUCACACAAACCUGUCUUCGGGCUAACUGCCCUUCUUUGCUGUAACUCGAGUCCUUAUGUAGUUCAGCACCAAUCACAUUACAGCAGAGAUCGACUGUUCUCAAGUCUCCUCUCAUGAUUUCAUAACACCUUCACCUUUUCCAACCAAAUUGUGCUUCAGACUUCACGACAUAAAAUCGAAAUCGGGGCAGCUACAAAAACAUUUAAAACCACCCUGCCUUUUGUUUGUGAUAACUGCAGUCACAGCUAGACUUCCUCGUUUUUUUAUCAAUGUAAAGGCCUGUCUGUGUUUCUGCCUUUUUUUAUUGCAUGUUUGAUAGGGGCUUAUGUUCAUAUCUUGCAUGUAAACAUUGAUGAAAAAGAUAAUAGUCUGUAGGCAGAUGAUAUAUUUAUGUUUAGCAAUGA